UUUGAUAUGAAGCAAAUGGAAGAGGAAUUAAUAAAUUAAAAAAAUAUUCGUGAGAAGACAGGAUUACCAAUAAGAAGAUUCUAUUCUGUUAAAAUUAAAUGUUUAAUAUGUUUGGAUGAUUUUGUAAAAGAUGAUGAAAUUUUCAGAACAAAUUGUGGAGACACCUUCCAUAAAAAUUGUAUCUAAGAACUUAUUGGAAACUGUUUGAAAGAAAGAUAUUAAUAACUUUUUUGUCCAUCAUAAGGCUGCAGUAAUAUUUGUGAUUUAAAUAAUAAAUAGAAGAAAAAUUAUCAGCAUCACUUUUGCCCAAAUUAGGAUUCAAUUAUCAACAAAUUAAUAUCUAUUUUAGUGCAUAAUUAGAAGAAUUAGUACUUAAACAUUAAAAUAGAUUCUCAUGUUGUCCAACACUUGGAUGUUAAAACAUUUUUAUCAUUAAUUAAAAAGAAUCACCUUAAUUUUAUUGUGAAUUUUGUGACAAAAAAUAUUGUUUAAGAUGUAAAUCAGAUUCACAUCCUUAAUUCACAUGUGAAUAAUUCUAAUAAUCAAAAAAUAAAGAAGUAAAAAAUCAAUUUAUAUAUAAUAAUUAUAGAAUAAUGAAAGAGAAUUUAGAAAGUUAGUUGAAAAUAUGAAUUGUAAAUAAUGUACAAAUUGUGGAGCUUGGAUAUUUAAAGAGAAAGUAAUAAAAUUAUAUGAAAUUAGGGAUGUAAUCAUAUGAAAUGUAAAUGUACAUAUGAAUUUUGUUAUAAAUGUGGACGAAAGUAUAGACAUCCAGAUUGCAAAUGUCCCUUAUUUGACCGAGACAAUUUACCAUAACCUUGAC